CGAGCCCCUGUCCCGACUGAACUUGUGGAGCAGUGGAGAAGUUUGAAGAGCCAGAUUCAGACUUCGUAAACCGUCGACAAGGUCGCUAGGAAGGAAACUCAGGCCGGACACAACCAGGCAGUCGCCAUGGACGAUCUGGAUGCGCUGCUUGCAGACCUAGAAUCUACUACAUCCCACAUCUCGAAGCGACCGGUCUUUCUGCCCGAUGAGACCCCCUACUCCAUCCCGACGGGCGGACUCCCCUACCAAGACGCGUCCGUACCGCCUCCGGUUCCACCUCCGCCUUCAGCUGACGCUCUGAACGGCUCCCUGACAGAUCAACCAGACUCUCACCACUCCUCCCAACAGUCUUUAGGUUCGGCCCAUAAGAGCUCGUGGUCCAGAGACAGCAGCAGUUCUCCGCUGUCACACAUCGAAGAGGACCAUGUUUACAGUUUUCCUAACAAACACAAGACGUCAGACUCAUCUCCAGCAGCCAUCACCUCUGCCCUGGGCAGUAACCUCUCUGAACUGGACCGGCUUCUGUUGGAGCUUAACGCCGUGCAGCAGAGCUCCCCUUCCUUCCCCACUACAGAGGAGGCAGCUCCACCCUUACCGUCUUGCAGUAUCACCCACUAUGAGAACGGAGGCACUCCUGACAUCCUCGUAAGCCCCCCACCUCAGGAAAAACCAAAACGAAAUGGGAUGAGGCCGGAGGAAGCUCGACCCCCAGUGGAGGGUCUGCUGGAGGGUUCAGGUCCUUCACCCAGCUCUUCCACACGUCAUAGUGAUUUGGAUGCAUCUCAACAGCAAACAAGAAUGUCGGCUUCCUGUGCCACCAGAGAGUUGGAUGAACUGAUGGCCUCUUUAUCUGACUUCAAGCCCAGCUCUUUGGGCUCUCUGCCAGACCAAGCAGGGACACCAACUACCUCUCACCGUUCUCCAGCGUCUUCCUCCUUCACCCCAGUGGCUCCUUCUUCUCUUAGUCUUCCCCACCCAUCUGCCUCUUCUUUCCUCCCUUUAUCUGCUGCCCUAGAGUUGCACAUAGAUGAGGAAGGAAAGGAUAGUGGCUCUGCGAUGCCUCAUCCGAACCUUCUCGUACCGCACAGUCCUACUUCGUCUCUUUCUGCUGCCAGUGACAUCGACUUGGACUCUGUCAUAGAUGUCUCUGCCACCUUGCUGUCCUCCCAAACAAAGUCCCUGCUCGUCCUCUGUCAGUCUGUUCCGUCUAGUUCCAGCUUGUUAGGAAAUAGCCCGAGCCUUUCCAAUGCCACUACCCCCUCUCUUACCUCUGUUAACACCGUCCUGGAGCGCAAGACCUCCAAAACCCCCAGUCCGUCUGCAGAGCGGCUUUCACCAUCAGUUAGUAAAAUGUUCUGUGCUCCUGAAUCUAUCAGCCCGCGGCCUGCUUGUUUUCUUGACCAGGACUUAGAUUUUACCUCCCCGCCUCUUUCAAAAAGCCGCACUCCCCCUCUGUCGACUCCUUCGCCUCUGCCUGCUGCUGCGUCUCAAUCUCUUCCGCACCUCCUAUCAGCACCGUAUUCGCCGCCCUCUGCAGUCUCUCCGCUGAUGAUCCCCUCUCCUCUGAUCUUCACCAGUACCAGCAGACAGCUGUCAGAGGUGUCUCCUGUAGCCCAGAGGGACACUUCCCUUGCUUUACAGCAACCGUCUGCAGAGGAGCCCUCUCUUGACGAGGCCCUAGAUAAGCUUCUAGCGAUGAGUUUUGCUCAAAGUCAUACAUCACACACAGAGGAACCACUAGAGACGGUGGAGGCUCACUCUCUCGGGAAAGGACUGCAGGAGGUGCAAGAGGACCUGAUCCUGCCCAUGGACAGAAGCUGUGUGCAACCCGACACGUUCGCCAGCACCACCAACACCAUCACAGACGACUCCAUAGACAUGGGAACCGACGGAAACGGAGACCUGGACUGGGCUGACGAGGAGCUGUCAAUGUCCCUACAUGAUGGACUAGACGGCACCAUGACACCGUUCACUGAGAGGCUGUACACAGAUGGCAGCAUGACUCCAUUGACUGAAGCCAGCUGGAUGGAUGAGUCCAUGACCCCCUCCUCGUGCCCUGGGACCCCUGAGGUUGCCUUGGACAUGCCCCUGCUCCAAGCUCCCAGUAUAGACAGAGUCUCUGCGACGGGACAUAUAAAAUCGGUGAUUAGGCGCACUAAAGAGACUCCCAACGUGCAUCCUAUGUAUCGCGACGGUCACCUGCGCAGGAAGAUGGGCCCCGUCAUUGUAAACAAGAACUCGUCUCAGGACCGCCUCAUAGAGGAGCUUCAGGGUAAGCUCGGGAUCUGCCGCUCAGAGCGGCGCCGCAAACAGUCGGAUGAGUGGCUGACCGAGGGGGUCGUCGUCACGUCCAAACCCCAGCGUUUCCGUCCCGACGGAUGGGGCGGUGAGGUCGACAAGAUCAUAAUUCCUCCCGAGUCACCAGUCCCUGUCAGGAAGGUCCUCCCACCCCUCUCUCCCCCUAACCCUCUUCGCCCCGCUGUUAUAGAAGAACCUAAGAGACCACUCCCAGUACAGCAGCCCCCCGUCCCAACACCACCACCUCUUCCUCCACCUACCUCCUUUAAUUCACAAGCCAUCCGUGCUCAGGAGCCACCUCCUCCUUCUCGGCAAAUUACAAAAGCCAUACCCCCACCGGCGCCUGUUCAGGACCUUCCCAUCCCUAAGCCAGAACCCCCUCCUCCUGUUGUCCGUAUCCCAAACCAUCCACCACCGGUGGAGCCAGUACAACCAGCAGCACCAAAACUCCUGGUGUCUGUAGGCUGCCAAACAGAGUAUGACCCAUUCUUCCCUCCAAUGCAGAUCAUGGCCCAGGGGAAGGCCGGAGUUCCAGGUGGGCCACCCACACAGGUCAACAAGCUGGACAACAUGCUUGGUAGCCUGCAGUCUGACCUCAACAAACUGGGGGUGCAGACAGUUGCUAAAGGAGUCUGUGGCGCCUGCUGUAAGCCCAUUGUGGGACAGGUGGUGACUGCCAUGGGCCGUACCUGGCACCCUGAGCACUUUGUGUGUACACACUGUCAGGAGGAGAUCGGCUCCAGGAACUUCUUCGAGCGGGAAGGACAGCCGUACUGCGAGAAAGAUUACCACAAUCUGUUCUCUCCGCGAUGCUACUACUGCAACGGGCCCAUACUGGAUAAAGUCGUGACGGCGUUAGACCGGACAUGGCAUCCUGAACACUUCUUCUGUGCUCAGUGUGGAUCCUUCUUCGGCCCAGAGGGGUUCCACGAAAAGGACGGAAAGGCGUACUGCAGGAAGGAUUACUUCGACAUGUUUGCGCCGAAAUGUGGCGGCUGCGCCAGAGCCAUCCUGGAGAACUACAUCUCCGCUCUCAACUGCCUCUGGCAUCCCGAGUGUUUCGUUUGCAGGGUGUGCUUCACCCCCUUUGUGAACGGAAGCUUCUUCGAGCAUGACGGCCGGCCGUACUGCGAGGUGCACUACCACGAGUGCCGCGGCUCUCUCUGCUCCGGCUGUCAGAAGCCCAUCACGGGCCGCUGCAUCACAGCCAUGUCCAAGAAGUUCCACCCGGAGCACUUCGUCUGCGCCUUCUGCUUGAAACAGCUCAACAAAGGCACGUUCAAAGAGCAGAACGACAAACCCUACUGCCAGGGCUGCUUCAUCAAACUGUUCAACUAGAGAACCACAUUUAGAGCAGGCUAGAACUGUGAGCAGGGUCCGAUUAUAAUGCAGCGCGAUGCAAAAACAUUUAUUACCCUCUGGACUUUUUCCCACCUUUGACAGCCUUUAUGGAUUUUAUGCAAGAUGUCAACACAAACUACAGUAGUUUAAAAUUGUAAAGUUUAAGGAAAAUGGCACAUGCUUUUCAAAGUGAACCAUGAUCUUCCAUCUUCUUAUUAACAUUGAUUAACUUUCCUGUACCAGAGUAUGAUGCUGCCACCGCCAAUUAGUAUUGUCCCAUGAAUGGCUUUUUAGCAAACAGCUAAAAAGUCCAAAACUUCAAAUUUGAUCUUUCGCAUAGAAUUUGAGCAUAUGCAUUGCAGGUUGCGGUUGUGACAAAACUCAAAAAGUUCAAGAGGUGUGAAUGUUUUUGGGAGGCGCUCUGCCAGUGAAAAGAAGAGUUUUCCUCUGGUGAUGAUGGAAGUAUGUUUUAGACUGAUUGUGUGCAUGUUGUUGAAGCAGGAUACUGUUUUCAUGCCAAGUUUGGAAAAAACAACAUUUCUGCUGACUAACAUUUUUGAAGUGGCUUUUUAUUUGGUAAGCAAAUCUAAUGAAGACAUGUUCGGCAUGUAAAUGGUGUCGUAACCCUUUACAAAUACCAGAAGUGUGCCAUUCUUCCCCACAAAUCAUGGAGGCAGCAAACUUUACUUUUUUUCCCCGUUUCUAUAUGUUUGUAAGAUGUCAGCCGUUCCUUUAGGUUAGCCUAAAAUCGGUGUUAUUCUGCUUUUACAGUUUCUAUCAUUUUACAGUGUAGUGAAUUCAGACUGGAUGAGAUACAUAAAUCAUUAAUGUGUGUGUGCGUGUGUGUGUGUGUGUGUGUGUGUGUGUGUGUGUGUGUGUGUGUGUGUGUGUGUGUGUGUGUGUGUGUGUGUGUGUGUGUGUGUGUGUGUGUGACAAUUUUGCUCACUGGCUGAGUGUGUCAUUUUAGCAGGGAACAGAUUACCUAUUGUUUUUUUUUUGUUUGUUUUUGUUAGCUUUGGAAAUGGGCGGUCAGCUUUUUAUUUUUUACCACAUAUGAUGUCAGAAAGACUUUUAAACACUUGUUAUGUAGAAGAAAAUGGGGUAUGGAUAAAUCCACAUUGCUAUGAAACAUCAUGACUUUGGAAAUGUAACUCAGCUUGUGGUUAUUUAGAGAAUGGGAAAUGUGAAGUCACUCUAGAGUCGCGUUUAGAGUCAUUGAUCAAAAUCACUUGCGUAUGAAGAUUUAAGAAGUGUGGAGAUCAUGUUACACAGCUACUUUUUCUUUGAAGGAGAAGCCAAUCUUUAAUCACUUUCAGUGUCCACAGUUAUCUUUACACUGUCUGUAUCCUCGUCUGUAAAACCAAACGUGUAUCAAAUCCUAAUUUGUCACUUAGAGUGUCCACAAAUGGCUGUUCCGACAUUCUGCGCUGUCCGAUCAUUCCUCGUCUUUUCACUGGGCAAAAAUUAAGCUCGUCUCGCACAGGUGGAGCCACAUUGUUUGUAUCUCUUUCACUAUCGUUACUGUUUCAGACUAACUCCUGGGAGGGUUUCUGUAAAUAUUCAAUGCAGCUUACAUUGUCUGGAAUGUGCUUGGCGUAUGCGUUUCCUAACCACUUGUCCGGGGAUGAAGAGGCAAAGGCGUGGCUCAGAUACCCGGAUAUAUUUGCUGUGAUUACUGUAUUGGGAAACAGAUGAAUGUUGAGCAGUACACAAGCCGGCGGACAGCACGCCGUUUGCUUGUGACGUUCCUGCAACUAUGCAACUGUGGAUUACCAGCGUGCGUUAACAGACUCUCUUUGCUUUUGUGCCUGUGGUUUGACACGCAGGCCAAUCACAGUAGGAAUCUAGUCUGUCUGUCAUGUUGUCUGUGAGUCCACUAAAAUGUGUUGGCUGUUACACGAGAACGCGGUGGUCUGCCAGAGCGAUUGGCGGGACUAAUUCAAAUCAUUUCCCACAGCAUGAGUGGCAUCUACUGUGUGACCACUAGGUUGGGUCUGUUCAUUACAAUUUGCCCUUUUGUCUUGUUCAGGGAAUUCUAGAGCCUUAUUUCUUUUCUUUAUUUAAGAUAUCAUGUUACAGGAGCCUUUCAAAUCAGUGUAGUGGCAUGUUAUUUAACCAAAGCCAUACCUUCUAUAAAUUCUUUUGUCUUUCUUUCCUUUUCACUCAGAAUGUCAGUCUAUAUGAAUAGUGAGAUUAAGCAUUGUUAGUUUGAUUAUGCAAAUAAAUUCUGUUUUGCUAUCAAUUUG